GCCAGGUACUGGAUAUAAAGUAAUCCUCUUUCAAGUGAAGUGAAAGAAGAGAGCCAACUGAGACACUACUAGAGGCAAACACAUAAUCAGCCAUGUCACCAAACAACAAUAGGAUAGGGAGGGCCCUGAAUGCCAGCCUGUUGUACCUGCUGUUAUCUGUGCGCCUGACAUGCACCGCUACUCUGGACGAAUUCGAAGAAGAUAUUGACAUCGAUGAUGAGGAGGAAGACCUGGAGUAUGAGUACAGCAGGAAUCAAGACAGACACACCUGUGGAAGCGGCCAAACGGGUCAGUAUCCAUUCUGCAAGGACAAGAACCACUAUGUCCACACAAGGGAUGAGUGUGGAGAGAUAGACGUAAAACAAGUGAGGGUGGAAAUGCAGCUGAUGAUCCAGGACCGACAUGAGAAGGUAAAGGAGAUCGCACACGCUGCAAAACUCAGUGAGAAAAAUGUGGAGAGGGAGAAAGAGGACACAGUGCUGUUUCUGACUGAAAUAGCAAGGCUCGUUGAGAAGACCUACAUAAAAGUAAUUGAGGAGAUUGAGAAGAACCAGGAAGCAGCAGCAACCCGGGCUGUAGAGCACAUUCUAAAGAUAUCACAGGAAAUCUCUAAGCUACAGAAGAGAAACAAUGAGCUGGAGCAGCUCUCCCACACUGAAGACCACCUCCACCUUCUCCAGAUGUUCCCAUCCCUGUGUACCCCACCGGCUACCAUCGACUGGUCUGAGGUCAGCGUUCACAGUGAUCCCGGUGUUGGACCUAUGAGGAGAGCUGUGAACAAGCUGAGGGAAGCACUCGAUAGUGAAGAGAACAGGCUGUCUGCUGCUGAGUUGGGAAGGAUCAAGAAGUGUGCAGUGAAUGUGACUCUGGACCCUGAUACAGCACAUCCCUACCUCAUCGUCUCUGAAGACGGGAAACAAGUGAGAGUUGGAGAUCUCCGGCAAAAUGUCACAGACAGCCCUCAAAGGUUUGAUUUGGUUGUUAAUGUCCUAGGAAAGGAGGGUUUCUCCUCAGGGAGAUUCUACUAUGAGGUGCAGGUGGAAGGAAAGACUGACUGGGCUUUAGGAGUGGCAGCAGAAUCCAUCAACAGGAAUGGAAUGACUAUUCUGGACCCUGACAAUGGAUACCUGGCUCUAUGGAUGAGGGGUGAGAAUGAGUAUAUAGCUCUUGAUAAGCUUCCUGUCCUCCUCUCUCUUAAUCAGACGCCCCAGAAGAUAGGGAUUUAUAUUGAUUAUGAACAGGGUCAGGUCUCCUUUUAUGAUGUGGACAACAGGUCUCAUAUCUAUUCUUUCUCCAAUUACGCUUUAAAACCUGCUAAACUUUAUCCAUUCUUCAGCACCGGCACUGACAAUGACGGUAAAAACUCUGCCCCAUUGGUCAUUACCCAAGUCAAUCAGAAACUAAGUAUUCACUUCCCAACUUUUGACAAAGCCUAAAAGUGGAUAACAGGGAAUGUUCUUUCAUAUAUAAAUGUUCAAGGAAACACUAUGUUACAUCAAAUCAUACAUUUGGUUUCUUUUUUGUUGUUGUAAGUUUCAAAUGUUUUCAUUUUUCUGCAGUUAUCUCCAUUUUGUCUAAAUUAAAGGUGAUGAAUGGCAUUAACUGAUGGUCUGUAUUAUAUAAAUCAAGUGUAUCUGGAGAAAUAAAAGGAACC